GAAUGACGCAUGUAGAAAGGAAUGACGGGAAAACUAUUGUAUGCGUGAAUGUAUCAGUCUCAUUAGCCUCGCUUUAUCACUACACAAGAACAAUUACAGUUUACAAUUAAAAAUAAAAUUAGAAAUGGCGGGAAGCGCUGGAGAAUGGUGUCUUAUGGAAAGUGACCCGGGAGUUUUUACAGAGCUGAUCAAAGGAUUUGGGUGCAAAGGUGCACAGGUCGAAGAGAUAUGGAGCAUGGAACCAGAGAACUUUGAAAAUCUCAAGCCUGUUCAUGGUCUGAUUUUCCUCUUCAAGUGGCAACCGGGCGAGGAGCCAGCAGGGUCAAUAGUUCAAGACUCAAGGCUGGAUCAAAUUUUCUUUGCCAAGCAGGUUAUCAAUAAUGCCUGCGCAACCCAAGCAAUCGUCAGCGUGUUGUUAAACUGCACACAUCCUGAUAUGCAUCUUGGGGAAACGCUGACAGAAUUUAAAGAGUUUUCACACAGUUUCGAUGCUGCAAUGAAGGGUCUUGCUCUCAGUAACUCUGAAGUGAUUCGACAAGUUCACAACAGCUUUGCCAGACAGCAGAUGUUUGAGUUUGACGCUAAGUCAUCGUCUAAAGAAGAAGAUGCUUUUCACUUUGUGAGCUAUGUUCCUGUUGAUGGCAGACUGUAUGAGUUGGAUGGGCUUCGUGAAGGACCCAUUGAUCUAGGUGCAUGUAACCAGGAUGAUUGGAUCAGUGUUGUACGGCCGGUCAUUGAGAAAAGGAUACAGAAAUACAGUGAGGGAGAGAUUCGUUUCAACUUGAUGGCUAUUGUAUCGGACCGCAAGAUGAUUUAUGAAAAAAAGAUUGUUGAACUUCAGGCUCAGCUUACAGAAGAAGAGCCAAUGGACACAGACCAGAGUGGAAAUCAUCUUAGCUCCAUCCAAUCAGAGAUCGCCAAAUAUCAGCUCCUGAUUGACGAAGAGAACCAAAAGCUUAAAAGAUACAAAAUUGAAAACAUCAGAAGGAAGCACAACUACUUGCCCUUUAUUAUGGAGUUACUGAAGACAUUGGCUGAAUAUCAGCAGCUGAUACCUUUAGUUGAAAAGGCAAAGGAAAAACAAAGUGCUAAAAAAGUACAAGAAGCGAAGUAACAACAUUGUUAGACCCUGUUUAAUUUUUGCCAUGGAAUCACUUGAUGUGCACUUGUCAUCCUGUAUCUCAUAGAAGGAGCAUCUGGAAGUGAAGUCGAGCACUGUGCUUGCUGUCAUUUCCUUCACGUCUGUGUAUGCAUGCAAAGAGAUGUUUAAAUAAUGUCUUAUUUUCAUAUAAAUUUCAUUUGUUCAGUA